UCACAUAAGGGAGAGCUACUUCCAGAGUGGACUUAGAGUGAUCCGCUCUGUUUGGAACAUCACUUCUUCUUGCUGGUAUUUGCUUAGACAAGCUUCCAGAAAACGGGUUUGUACCAACCAGAGAACACAAUGAGCUUCUUCAUCUAUGCUUUUGGAGUGAUUCUCACUUUGUAUCAGAUUGGGAGGAAUCCUGCCAGUGCUGGGAUGUGCUGGCUGCAGCAGAGUCAAGACCAAAGGUGUGACAUGGUGCUGAUGAGAGGGGUGACCAGGGAGGAGUGCUGUGCCGGGGGACGCCUGGACACAGCGUGGUCCAACACCAGCCUGCCCAUGAAUGAGGUCAGCCUGCUGGGCUUCCUGGGAAUUGUCUCCUGUAAACCAUGCAAAGAGACUUGCGAGGGAGUCAAAUGCAGUCCCGGGAAGGUUUGCAAAAUGAAGACGGGAAGGCCCCAGUGUGUGUGCUCUCCAGACUGCUCUCACAUUUCCCGGAAGCACGCUGUGUGCGGCAGCGAUGGGAAGUCGUAUAAGGAUGAGUGCUCUCUGCUGAUGGCCCGCUGCAUGGGACACCCGGACCUGGAGGUCAUGUACCAGGGAGACUGCAAAAAGUCGUGCUCCAACGUGGUGUGUCCAGGUACCCACACCUGUGUGACUGACCAGACCAACAGCGCCCACUGCGUCAUGUGCCGCACAACCCCUUGCCCAAUACCCAUGCUGUCUGAGCAGGCAAUUUGUGGCAAUGACAACAUCACUUACCCCAGCGCCUGCCACCUCCGCCGGGCCACCUGCUUCCUCGGCCGCUCCAUAGGAGUCCGCCACUAUGGCCACUGCAACAGUCCCCCUCGGAAAGCUUACGAUCUGGAAGGCAGUGAGGAAAACGCGGUCUAGACGGGCGCCUCCUGACACAGCCGUUUUUCAAGAGAAGAGUUCAGCGACAAACAUUUCCAAGUGUCACACCACUAGCUUCCCAUGACGGCCCCUCCCCUUUGUACACAGAAUGACAAUAGGUUUGAUAUGGAAGACUUACAGUAACUGCGUGAGUGUAACUGCCUCUAAAAGAGCUACAGAAGCAAUUUGUGUUAAUCUUGUGUUAGUUUGGGAAAAAGAGGCAGGUGAACACGUUUCUCGGGAUAGAAAUAUCUCAUGAGCUCUUUGGGAGAUGUGUGCAUAUUGUAAAUAGAAUACCAUUACUAUUUAUUGGAGAAGGUAUCAAUCUCUAUUUAUGUUUUUAUCCUAGUAACAAAUCCAUAUAUCCUUCGGAAAGCUGAUGCAAAAAAAAUGUAUUUAUUGUGUUUUGUUUAUUGUGUAUGUACAAUAGCGGUCACUGGCAUUGGCAUUUUACAGCUUUUUUUUAUUGCAGUUUUACGGUCUCCCUCUCUUGCCCACAAACAAACAGUUUUCCCUCAUAAGCUGAUGGAAAACAAUGUUAAUUUGUUUGGAAAGUUGAUACCACUUUAGAGCGUGCCAGUGUGGUUUCAUCUCACCAGAAAGCAAGAACAGAACAACUGCAGUCGCGCUGUGUGCCCUUUGUCUGGAGGUGAGGACGGGGCGCAGCCUAAACAAACCUGUAUAGUCUCUCUCCCCCCACACAUGUUUACUCUGGAUGCUGAUCCAAACUCUCGGCCACCCGCUGAUCACUCAAAUUAACAGUGUGGUUGUGUUUGUAGGAGUCCCAGAGGACUGCUGGUUCAACCCCAAACCCUCUACAAUACCUCCUCUGUCGAGCGCUUGGCUUUGUUUUCUAAAUGCAUUUUUGUAGGUCAUGCUAGUUCAUUCCGUUGCUGUUUUGCUGCUUUCAUUUCAAUGGAUUUUUUUUCAAGAACUUACUGGACAGACUAAUGUAAUUAGCAUCGUCUGAGUGAAAGGAAAAUUUAAUUUGUCUGAGAACGGGCCGCAGUUUAGGCCAAUUGAACAUACCUGAUUAUAGUGCCAUCAGAGGUGAGUCAGCCUGUUUGCUGUUGACGCUGGUAAACCUGGUAGAUCUCCAUACAAAUGGCCAACUUCAAACAGUCAAGAGAUCCAGUUAAAUCUUAUAACUCAAAGCAGAUGUCUGAAAUACUUCCAGUAAUCCUUUCAGUGUAUUAUGGAACAUUUCGACGACUCUCGUGUAUGUGUACCUACCUGUGUACUUACUGUGAAAUUUGAAUGAUGAAUGCAUCAACAUAUUUUUGUAUUUUUAUACUGCCAUUUCAAAACAACAUAAAGUUUAAUAUUUG